AUGUCCAAACCAACAGUUCUAUUGAUCGGGGACCUGACCCAUACCAACAAAGAGUGGGAGGCAUUCAGCUCAAAAUAUGAGCUGAAAGAAUUCCGCAAGGGCACGCGAGAGCAGUUCCUGGCCAACUGCAAAUCGGGCGAAUACGACGGUGUUGUUGCCUUGUAUCGUUCCAAUACGUCGACCUCCCAGACAGGACCUUUUGACCAAGAGCUGGUGGCUGCGCUUCCCAAAUCUUUGAGAUACAUUUGUCACAACGGAGCGGGCUAUGACAAUAUCGAUGUGGACGCAUGCACAAACAAAGGCCUCCGGGUCUCCAGCACUCCGAUUGCGGUCGACGAUGCAACGGCUGAUGUUGGUAUUUUCCUGCUGUUAGGCGCCCUCCGACAAGCGUGGAUACCUUUGACGGCGAUCAAAGCGGGCAAAUGGAAAGGCAACACGCCUCUUGGACAUGAUCCCAAGGGCAAGACUCUUGGGAUUUUGGGUAUGGGUGGUAUCGGCAGGGCAAUGGCGAAGCGUGCGCGAGCCUUCGGAAUGAAGAUUGCCUACCAUAACAGAUCCAGGCUGUCGCCGGAGUUGGAGGACGGUGCAACAUAUCUCAGCUUUGAGGAAUUGCUCGCUCAGUCCGAUGUCCUCAGCCUCAACCUCGCCCUCAAUGCUAAGACUCGUCACAUCAUAUCCGCUCGAGAGAUUGCCAAGAUGAAGGAUGGCGUGGUCAUUGUCAAUACGGCUCGAGGUGCCUUGAUCAACGAGAAAGAUCUCGUUGCAGCGCUAGAGAGUGGAAAAGUAUCGUCGGUGGGACUGGAUGUUUUUGAGGAAGAACCAAAAGUCGAGGAGGGACUCUUGAAGAAUGACCGAGCGUUCAUUGUGCCGCAUAUUGGCACGAACACUUAUGAAACACAAAGAGAGAUGGAGCUGUUGGUGCUGCACAAUCUAGAGAGCGCAGUUGACAAGGGCAAGCUGUUGACCCCGAUACCGGAACAAAAGGACAAGCUGAGUGGGCAUUUAUGA